AUGGGGGAGCAAGAGGGUAAUACCAGCAUAGCGGCACGUAUUGCCGCUCUCAAGUUGGAUCAUGUAGGUCGCCAAGCAGGCCUUCCAACGACAGCAAAGAAGAGACCAGAUCUUCCAUCGAGACAACAGACAACCAACGUACCUCCCAUUGGAGUACACGUAUCUGCGGCCGAUGCAGGUCACGAUAUUGGAAACCAACCAUUGGCAGGUGAGAUUAAUGGGGUGGAUCAGCGUACGCCUCCAACAAUACCAAAUCGACCAGCCAGAAAUGCUGCUCCCAAGUUGCCACCAAGACAGCCAUCUGGACCAUCACCACAGUUGCCACCUAGAAGACCUUCGGAAACGCCUUCGAAUACCUCUGCGAGACCAGAUAUCAAUCGGAAGCAAUCAAGCGAAUCUGUUUUGUCAAGCAGAUCCUCUGUCUCUACAGCAUCUGCCCGGACUGGUAUGAGCUCAGCGACGAGCAACUCUGGGUCACUCUUUACGAUCCGCGCACCUUCUUUCGAUGCCUCAACUUUGCCCCCCUUGCCUCCUAAGCGGGCGCCUAGCCUUCCAGAACGUGGUCCUGUUUUGCAGCAGAGCAAGUCUUCGCCGAAUGUGUUGCCUGCCGUACAGGAGCCCGCCAGACCGCAGUUGCCCUCUAGACCAGCGCUACCUUCGAGGAACCCGUCUUCCUCGCCGAGCGUAACAAAUCAAGGAAGCAUCAAGACUGCAGCUGCUAAGAAAUCUGCGUUGACGAUGGGGUUCAAUUCUGCUUCCAAAACACCUGCUAUUCCAACUGCACGACCUGAAUCUACACCGCCGCCAGUUCCUGCUUCGUCUAGACCGGAUCUUUCAAAGUUGCUGGCAUCGAAACCAAACAGUGCUGCCAGCGGAACCACAAACGGCGUAACAGCAUCAGCAGCACCAGCCGUAACAGGCCAAGCAUCGUGUCUAAAGUGUCGAGACUUUUCAGCAGUCGAUGCACACGCCGCACGCUUCCCACGACAGUCGAUCCCAUCGCAAGAUUUAGGCUGGCUUGCUCAAUCACUCACAUCUCCCUUCCCAUUAUUGACCGAUAAAGCUCGGGCAAUCUUUGUGUGGCUGCAUCACAAUAUCGACUACAACACUCACGCACUCUAUACCAAUACCGUCAAAGGAUCAACUCCGGCAUCUACAUUGGCCACUGGUCUUGCAGUUUGUGAGGGAUAUGCUGGUCUGUUCACUGCACUUGCCUCGAAAGCUGGAAUGGAAAGUAUGGUUGUUGGUGGUCAUGGCAAAGGCCUUGGUUUUCAGCCUGUGACCCCCGGAGCCCCGUUACCUGCCGAAGACGCAUCUGGCCAUGCCUGGAAUGUGGUCAAGAUUGACAAUGGCCAUUGGAAAUUGAUCGAUCCUUGCUGGGGCGCGGGUCAUGCUACUGGAUGGGGCAGCCCUUACCAGCGAGAGUUCCAUCCUGUACAUUUUGUCGGCAGUAAUGAGGAGUUUGGCCGCAGCCAUUUCCCAAGCGACAAGAACCGGUUCUACAGGAGCGAUGGCAGACACACAAUUACAUGGGCAGAGUAUCUGCUGGGUGACACGAAUGGCCAACCCCAGGUACAGACAUUUGGAAACAUGACGACGGAUGAAGGCAUUGACGAUCACUCGGUCUCGCCUAGAAUCAAGCAAAUCUCAGUCAGUGAUCCACAGCCCUACGUGCGCUUCCAGUUCAACAAAGUGUGCCAGCACUGGGACAACGAGCGAAACGGAAAGGGCAAGCACUACCUGUACCUGAUCUUUUUGCCUGAAUGCAAUGGCAGGCCAGCGCGUGAGGUUCCUUUGCAGACCAAUGGGUAUUUCUGGUGGGUCGACAUACAACCUAGCGAGCUCGGAGCACCUGGUCAGGAAGUCAAGCUCGGAACAGUGACGAAUUGGAGAGGUCGUGAUGGCAGAGGAAUGGUUGCGAGCGACUACCACAAGACGGGCGGGUUUUCAGGAGCAUAUGCGUUUGGUGCCGUAUGGCAGCUUGUUUGA